CGCCAAUUCCAAUAGUCUCGACUCUUAUUAUUGGCAUUUCUUGUCAAGAGCUAAACACAAGCUAAUCAGAAUGUCACUUGUUUCCCGUGCAUGUCUUACUCUUUUUUGAUUGAUCUUCCUGUUGAGGCUCAGACCCUCAAGACAUUUAGGCGAAAAUUUCUCUCAAUCCUAUCCCAGCUCUCGCUGUCGCAACGCUGCAUUAGCGUCGAAGAAACUGAUUUACUUCGCCUGGCUUCUAGUUCAACUUUAAUAGAAGCCCAUCCUUGAUCCAGAAAUCCACUUCCAACACGGACAUAUUCCACAGCCUUGCAGAGCUUGAGAGGGCCUUCAUUAGCAGCUGCGCUCCCACCUCUCUCCCCGGCCUGGUCACAAUCAUUUGACCUUGUCUAUGUGGUUAUGAGGGGCAGUCUACUCGAUUUCCCCACAUACUUGACGAUUUCUUGAUUUCCCCGGCAUUCAAGCAUAGGUGAUAAGAGAACAACACGCAGGCGGAAUUUCUCUGGAUUUUUGAUCAACACUAAGAUCACCAUAUUUGUCGCGGGAUUUUCGCGCAAGAGAAAUGCGUCUGCGAUAAAAACAAGAGUUGGAUCUUUUUCUGCAAAUUUAUCUUGUUCCGCAUUCCGCUAUUACCCAGUGCAUGUUCUUGAAGUGAACCUCAGCAAGAGAAAAAACAUUCAAAAUGGACGACGAACUUGACACAUCGAAAAUCAAGAGUUGGCGAUCAAUCAUUACCUUAAUUAUUUUUGUUAUAACUAAUAUCAUUGUCCUUUUCCCAUUUCAUAUCCCUCUAUACCUACCUCGAUGGCUCACGAACGGGUUUCUGGACCUAUUGAGUGCCAUGCGCAUAAUACCUCACCGAACUCGCUCUCGAUCCAAUGACAAGCAACCCUUUUUUGUGAAAUUUCGCUUUCCAUUGAACUUUAUCACGGCACCUUUAGUAGCGGACCUCUUCCUUCUCGCUAUUUUGGCUAUUGGCCGAAAAGAGGUACAUGAUGGAAUUGUCGGGGCAGACAACAUUAAUCCCAUUGAUAUCAUGGUCUUCUUCCUCACACUCGCCUACAUUGCGAUCUCGAUUGACGCCUCUGGCCUCAUCAGAUACCUGGCCUUCAAGGUUCUUCAAAGGGCAGGCAAGGUCGGCCACCGACUGUUCUUUUACCUAUUUGUCUUCUUUUUCGGGUUAGGCAGCUUCAUCGGGAACGACCCAAUCAUCUUGUCCGGUACAGCGUUCCUCGCAUACAUGACCCGUGUAUCAAGCAAUAUCGUUCACCCCAGAGCCUGGAUCCACAGCCAGUUUGCCAUAGCCAACAUCGCCUCCGCGAUUCUUGUCUCCUCCAACCCCACCAACCUGGUCCUUGCUGGCGCCUUCAAGAUCAAGUUCAUUGUCUACACAGCCAACAUGAUCGUUCCCGUGGUUGUGACGGCAAUCGUCCUUUUCCCGUUCCUGCUAUAUAUCAUUUUCGCCGACGAAUCCCUCAUCCCUCUCUCCAUCACAAUGCAUGAGCUAUCUGAGGAUCAAAAGAAAAAAGCACCCGUGAACCCCAACAUCCCUCAUGCCAGAGGAACCGCCGAAGAGAAAGAGGAAUCCGACGAUAAGGAGGGAAAGCAACUUUCACUAGAAGAGAUCAUGAACCCAUUCUUAGACAAAAAGGGUGCAUCUUUCGGGGGGCUCAUUAUGGCCGCUACGCUUAUCACCCUCCUGGCAAUCAAUGCAUCAGGUAAAGAGAAUCACGUUUUCUGGGUCACAUUGCCCGCUGCUUUCGUUAUGUUCUGUUGGGAUCUGGCAUUUGGUUGGCUCCAUCGCCAUGACACCCGUGAGAUUGCCGCGAAGGGUCGACAGGAGGUCGAGGAGGCACAGGCAGAGCGAGAAAUGCGCAAACGAGAGGAGCAGCAAGCACUGCCAGAAAACAUGAAUCCAGAGACUUUGGGAUCGGACCAGUCUGAGCAAUAUGAUGCUUCAGGUCUGCGCGACCGCAGUGAGCACACCGAUGACAAAAUCUCGCUUAAGAGCACCGAUAGUGAUAUCGCCUCAAAGAACCCCUAUUCGGAAUGCGGAACUCCAUUGUCAGCCUCUGUCCUCGUUGACAAGGAAAAGUUCCCGGAACUACAGCCACCAGGCGGUCUUACGAUUGACAGCAAACAACUAGCUCGCGCAACUUCUCCCGAGGCACUGGACUUGAGACAAAUAACCGACACGACGAUAGAUGAGGAGAAGCCGGGAUAUCCAUAUCAUCAGGACAACGGCCCACGCACGUUGGCGUCGCUCGCUGGUAAUGCCUAUCGCUGGUCACAGGAGACAUUCCCCACCGUGACGGUCGUCGUAUCCCACAUGCCUUUCGCACUAGUACCCUUCGCUUUUACGAUGUUUAUCCUGGUGCAGGCGCUUGUCACUAAGGGUUGGGUGCCGGUUUUCGCAUACGGAUGGGACCACUGGGUAGAAAAGACCGGGACAAUAGGCAGUAUCGGUGGAAUGGGAUUCCUAUCUGUGAUUCUUUGCAAUUUUGCUGGCACAAAUAUUGGCACCACGAUUCUCCUCUCGCGCGUUAUCCAAGCAUGGGCAAAAAUACAUGAAGCCAGCGGAAUUCCCAUCAGCGAUCGCACAUGGUGGGCCACUGUCUACAGCAUGGCACUCGGAGUCAAUUAUGGCGCAUUCAGCACUGCGUUUAGUGCUUCGCUGGCUGGGUUGCUGUGGCGGGAUAUCUUGGCGAGAAAGCACAUCCGUGUCGGCAGUCUGGAAUUUGCCCGUGUGAACCUUCCCAUCAUUGCUAUCUCCAUGGUGGUUGGAUGUGCAGUUCUCGCUGGAGAAGUGUAUAUUGUCAGAAGUGAUAAGCCGCACAUGCUGGCUUGAUGUGUGGAUUGCGGGAGGCUGCUGUUUAGAUGUUUAAUAGAUUAUGAUACUCCCGGUACUUGUUUAGGGUGGCUUUUUGUCACCCGACGGGCAGACGAUCUUACGAAGUCAAUGAACACCGUUUUACAGUUUU